GCCGGCCUGUCAAUCUUGAUCUCCAACCAGCAUCUGCAACGUAAUCAAUUCCACCAAAUAUUCUACUAGAAACUAUUCAGUCGCUAAAUAUUCGCCAUGGCCGACAAACUUCGCACGCAACAAGAACUGGAGCGACUCCAAGCCAAGUUCAUUGGCACGGGACAUCCUGAUACGACCAGCUGGGAGUGGCGAACGAAUAUUCAGCGCGAUACAUAUGCUUCCAUUGUCGGUCACCCGCCGCUGCUAUCCUACAUGUCUCUCGCCGAAAACGAACCAGCCUCCAAGACAAGGGCAAAGCUCAUCAGAGUAAGCAACAACGAUAUUACAACCACAGAAGAUACUAACUCGGCGAUAGAAAAUGCUACAGCCAAAUGGCCCUCCUCCCCCAAGAGAAGAUUAGACACUUGGCGCUGUCAAAUGGCACGGCAAGGCGGGCGGUUUACGACUCUUUUUUCCUAUUUCGGCGUUCUUGGGCGAAAACAUACCACGGUUGGGCAAAACGGUUAAUCGAGCGAGUACAAUUAUUCAUUACUUCAUUUAUUAUAUGAUUCAUUUACGUUGCUGCGCGCUUUUAAUCCUGUGCAGUCUCCAUGGGUUGGUCCUCCGCCUGUUCCUCCGUCGGCUUUGGUUGCUGCUUAACUCCCAAGCUGGCUCGAAGUUUUCUCUCCAAGUCUGGAUCACUGUCACCGUAGACUUCUCGCACAAAUCCCAUGACUCCAUCCAGUCCUAUCUCCUCCUUUGCUCUGGGACCGAUAUGCCAGGUUACUUGAUCCUCGCCAUCAUGUCCUAAAGGAGGGCGAUCGACCUUCUUGACCACAUAGCCUUGACGCUCCAUCUUCUUUAAAACAAACUCUGUCUUUUCAUUUCCCAAGUUUCGAUUCGCAUUCAACCGUGUCAGGUAUCUGGAUAGCUUUUGUUCGCUCAAUUCGCCCGCAUUCAACCAAAUGAGCGACACCACAGUGGUAUAGAAUGCUAGGUACAUGGCUUCGAUCGUAGAUGUAGGUGUGUUGGAGGGUUUGAUUAUCGUUGCUGCUCUAUAAGCCUCUGGAAGUGUCGACGUAAGAAUGUAGGCUCCCGAGCCCGUCUUGGGUUGUGUGUUGGUUCGCAUGGCUAAUAGUUAAGUUAGCGGAGAGUUGAAUGCCAGAGUAUGCCACGGUGGAUUGUUACCCUGUCGCUUCUCUUGCAGUGUCAUCUUUUCUCGAACUGGCAAUUCUCGGAGUUCCAUUCCCCAUAUCGUCCGUAGCUGCUUCUGUGCUAGUUCAAAGAUGCGCCUAAAUGAUCGGCCUUGUUCUCCCAAGACUAGUGGUUCGAGCUGUUAGUUCCCACUCCCUAUUCCUCUUGGCGCCUGUGUGAUUGUCUCAUACCUCUCUCUUUUAUACCGUCUCUUCUGAUGGGUGUUCUGGAGUAUUCGCAUGACAGUGCGUAUCGCACCAGCUUCUUCGCAAGCUGGUCAUCGGCUGAGUUGUUCCUUGCGCCGCCGUCGCUGGCGUCGGACGACUCUGCAGCCUCGGCGGAUUCCUCCCGAUUUUGUCUCUGGCGAGGUCGAGAGUCCUCGUCUUCAGACUCCUCUUCUCGGGC